AUGACAACACGUCAAUAUAACACAUCUGAUCGUGAUAUCCUCGGCAGCAAUUCUAGCUCUCAUUUUACAUCUCGAGUCCCAUCUAGCCGGUCUGGUUCAAUAAGCAGAAGCAAUGAGAGCGAGGUUUCAAGUUUGACCAGCGCAGGAAGAACUAAUGUUCAACCGGAAGAUAGCGACGACCAUGAAGCGGAAAAGUAUCACACUGGGAGCUGGAUUCCUUAUACAUUUCGUUAUUGGUUCUUGGGAAUUCUGAGUUGCGUCACUCUUGCCCUCUGUCUUAUCACAUUUCUGCUUUGGUGGAGAUCCGCAAAUAACUAUGGCUUGGGGUCAGACGAUGGAUCCGCCGCCUUAUUAUUUGGCUGGAGAUAUAGCCCGACCAUGAUUGUUGUGAUCUAUAUCCAACUCACAGCCAUGUUGUUCGAUGACGUGAAGCGAACAGAGCCCUUUGCUCGACUAGCCCGACCAGAGGGGGCAAAAGCAUCCAACAGUAUUCUCCAUACCCCAGGUCCCUGGUGGACCGCUCUAUAUGACGGAUUUGCCAAAAAGAAGAACGGCAGACGAAGCUGGAUCUUGAUCUGCGCGUCCUUCAUCAAUAUUUUUGGCUUUCUGGCAAUAUCACCUCUUUCUUCAGCCUACCUAUAUUCCGAAGACUUAGUUGUACCCCAAACGAAGGACUUUUUGCAACUUGCACCCUUGAGUGAUUCGCCUCUACCCAUCAAUGCCGAUCGCGCGACCCACUUCCGGACGAUUGCCAACCUUCUUCAGAAUGUGUCGACAUCCCCGUGGAUUACGGACAAUUAUACUAUACUGCCUUUCUGGCCUGCCGACUUGCAAGACGAUUCCAUCAAUUCUUUACCUACAAGUUCUUCGCAGACGUGGGAAGGCCAGACAACAAUGUUCAGGUCCGAACUGAGCUGUACGGAAAUGACUGUAGAGGCACAGGCCAACAGCUCCAUCUCAUUCAAGAAAGGCGAAGCUGCACAGGAUGCCAUUUCGGCAACUUGGUCGAGCCCUAGUGGUUGCAAAUACGGUCUAGAAGUGGCAGAGAGGAUGUUCCUUAUUGGAGGAGGCAGUUGGUCGAACACUUCAACGUUCUUUUAUCCAGAGGACGUCUUGACUGUGGAUCAGAAGUCCACCAGAGUCAACCAUACGACAGAGUGUGCUGACCAAGAGAUCAUCGUUGUCACUGAGCCGUGGACCUCAUCCAAAGGCAUCUACUCGGCUCAUCUAUGUGACACGAAAUACUACAUGGCCAACAUUACGGCGACAGUUGCGCUCGAUGGAGAUGAGCCGGAGAUAUCCUUUAAUGAGAGUGACUAUGAGCGAAAUAAGGUCACCAUCCCGGACACGCUUUUCAAUACCACGCAAUUUAGAGAUCAAGUCCUCAAUGUGGAGUGGCCAACCUACAUGAUCUCCAUUAUAUGGUCUGAGACGGCACUGUUAGGAGGUGCCGGUAUCCUGCUAGGCGCUCUUUAUAAUUACAACAUGACUGAGCUGGUCAGAGAUCCGAACAUGAUAACCUCUGCUGGGAAAGCGAGGCAACGCUUCUUUGGCGAGGUGCUACAGUCAGCCUUGACCCAGAACGGCGCUUCUCGCAAGGUGUCCAUGCAAGGUCAGGUCAACUCAGUCCAAACUCGCGUUGUUGUCCAAUCUGGGGCUGCGAUUGCUCUGGGCAUUCUGUUUGCCAUCUCUUUCUUGCUUGUCGGUACAGUCUGGUGGCUUUCUCGGCUUCGAAAGAGGCCAUUGAAUCUGCAAAAAGACCCUGCGACGGUAGUUGGUGUUGCAUAUCUGAUUGCUCAGAAUCCAAGGACAAGAUCUGGAUUUCAAUGUCUCCGACAGCCGUCAUCAAAUGAGCUGCAGAAGAGACUCGAUGGGGAGUUGUUCUAUACGGACUCGUCUGGUUUGUCCAAAAGCAGCCCCGAUACUGCGAGAGAGCAUGAAUCACCUCAGUCUAGGAACGGAACUCCAUUGAUCCUUCGUCUUCCGGCACUCAUCAUACUAGUGACGCUAUUUGCACUUGUUAUCACUGGUGUUGCUGUUCUCUAUCAUUACGCAGAGAGCUACAGGCUCUAUGGCAAAGCCUUUGUCUAUGAGAUUCAGCUAUCUAUGUUUGGUAGUGAUGUCUCUUCUGUCGCGCCAUUUUCCAUGAUUCCAACCGUGAUAGCAACGCUUCUUGGUUUGUGGUGGGGUGCUAUUGAUGAUAAUUUCCGUCGCCUCCAACCGUUUCUGUCGAUGUCCGAUAAAAAUCCACCUUACAAAAAGGGAGUUGAUCUCUCUUAUCAGACUUCAUACUGGUUUUGGGCAGCUGGCAAAGCGAUUUUUAACAAGCAUUGGAUGCUUUUCCUAGUCACAUUGGGCUCGACCCUCUCUCCUGUGUAUACCACUUCCAUGUCCGCUCUUUUUGAUCGUGGAGCCGGCAAUGUCCUUCAGCCCGUCACCCUUGAGCGGCAGCUCGAAGUUCGUGACAUACCUUUUGUUUUUGAAACGCAGCAAGCUUUCCUUGGAAAAAGCUCGGAUAGCUAUACGGCUGUCGUUCUCGAAGAGCUCUACCAGAACAUUUCUUCUUAUUGGAUGUAUACGGCUACCAUCCAGCUAGCUCUAAAUGGCUCACAGCCUGCUUGGAGUAAAGAUGGUUGGAGUUUUGUUCCUUUGGAUUUAAGCAACAUCACCUCUUCAAAAUCCCUGUCUACCCUUGGUGCCAGCACAGCAGAUGACACGAGCUCCAUCCCUGUCACCAACGUCACCUUUGAAACACCUGCCAUUCGAGGCCGUAUUCAGUGCAGUCAACCAUCGUUGCAGAUCCUCGCGAACGUUUCAAAUUGGCUCACCAUGGUCGACUUGUCAAAUCACACCAUUUAUAACAAGUCCACGAUCCCCACGGGACUUGAGGGAGGAUAUCAACUAGGCAAUACCUUUGACUCCCGACAGUAUCCUAGUGUUAUCACUCCAUUGUCGGCUUCUCAAAACUGGACUGAGUGUCCAGGAUGUACGACUGUUUUUGCCAAUCCAUCUGAGAUUAUCUGUUGUGGCAAUGGGAGUGCCGAUUCUCGCUUAGGCGAAGUUGGAGUUGGGUACUGGUCCCCAAAUGAUGAUAUCAGGACUUGGAGUCCUCGACUUUGGCAAAGAAACUUCACAGCCAAAUGGUUUCAUGGCGAAGCAACAACAGGAAUCAAAGUCAAUGACGACGAAGUAGAAUUAUCGGUUACUGAGCCUUACUUGUUAUUCUCUGAGCCACCGUCGAUGUCCUUGUUCAAUUGUGAGCCCAUUGUUGAAACAGCCAACGCAAAAAUCACAGUGAACCCUACCAACGGCGAGAUUCAGGCUUUUGAUAUCCUCAGUACACCUGAGGCUGUAUCGGAGCCUUGGUCUGACAGCUUCCUUCCUCACAACAGCUCUUACACGAAAAUGCGCGAGUCAACGACAUACUACAACGUGACGCUGAGCUACGGCCGUCUUUUUAUGGCUGCACUUCUAACAUCCGCCGACACUCUCCAUAUCGGUGGCGCCGCCCAUUCCCUAGGCUACACGAUCGAAGAUCUAGACGACAACACCUACAACAUCCGCGACGAGAUGAACGGUCUAAACAUGGACUUCAUGACGUACGCCAUGUACACGAUGGCCGGAAAGGAUCCAACAGCACUCCUGGAUCCAGAGACAUUCACCCAACUAGCCGAGAAAACAUACACGACCUUCUUCCAGCAUUUUGUCAGCAACAACAUCUCCAUGGAAACAGGCGGAUGGGCCUACCAAAAGAUCAACGCAAGCCUACCAAGUGAUAUCGGCCCCGUUAUUGACUGGGCUGCUUAUUAUCUAUCUGAUAGAACAGUCUCCAAGUACCAAGAUGUCAAUCCCAUCUCCCAUACAAAUCGGACAGUCUCGGCGCAAAUAUCCCAACGCGUCGAGCUCCUCCAGAUGAAUGCCGUCGCCGUCUGGCUCAGUAUCAGUAUAAUGGGCUGGCUGAUUCUUACGACCAUUGUUGUCGCAAUACUUCACAGACGGUACUUCGGUAGCCUAGUCCGGAACGUCGAGUGUCUAGGUGAUGUCCUAGUACUCAUAUCCGGCAGCGCAAAUUUCCUACAGGUGGUGCGGGAGGUUGAGUCAGGGAAGCUGUUGGUGGGUGACUAUGAAGGGUUGAGCACAAGAUUGGGCUGGUUUGUUGAUGAGGAUGGAGGGCUGAGAUGGGGAAUUGAGAUGGAGGAGAGCUAUGGACAGGGACCUGGUGUUCAUUGGGUUUCUGAACCGGAGUUCUCGAAGGAGAGGAAUAGUACUUGGAAUGUUAGGGGUGGAGAGGAAAAUAUAUAA